UCUUGAUCUCACCUCAGCCAUAAAGGUGGGGAUAAGGUAGAAGGUAGAAGGUAGUCUGGGCAAGCUUCGAGCCGCUGAACGGAAGCCAAUCUGCUUGAAUCCGGCAGAGUGCGAGCAGCCACAGUAUACACUCUAAGAUAUCGACCCGGCUGGUCGAACGUGUGUCUUAAUAUAACAAACAGCUAUACCACUGUAUAACUAAGAGGGGAAUGUAAAGACAGUAGACAGUUGUAGACUUGUAAUAUAAGAGCAUUAGUCUUGCAUCAACGAUAAAAAGAUUUUUAAUAGUAUCGAUUAUCAAAUAUAUCGUGAAUUUUAAAUAAAAACAUUUUUGUGCGAGUUUCAUAUUUUUUUUUUUAAAAGUCAUUUAAUUUUCGCGGCUGUGUCAGUGACUAUGGAAGCGCGCCAAAUGUGUAGUUUUAAAAAAAUUAAAUUUUCUAAUUAUAUUUAUAAGAGACUUUUGUAGAUUUUAAAUAUCUUAUUGUUGUGAUAAAAAUAUAUUAUUGGGGAUAUUUAUUUGCAAAGAAUAAUUUAGGUGGGUAAUUUAUUGACAAGGGUGUAAUCCACGGUGAUGAUGAUAGGCGGUAAUGUUGCUACACCGCCGGGUACUACCAAACCGGUAACAGCUACUGUUAAUGAAAUAAUUAUUGUUGAUAAUAUAAGUAGUGCUGGUGGUGCUCAUAGUGGUAGUGGCAGUGGCAGUGGGAGUCCAGUAACUACCGCGGUAACGCGAACAACAAUAAACGAUGAUAGCGGCAAUUAUAACAAUAAUAAUAAUAACAAUAACGUUCGUAGUAAUAAUAAUAACGAAGAAUUGGUGACGGAAAAUAAUAUUAGCAAUGGCACGAGCAAUAGUAAUAGCAAAUAUUGCUGUCAAAUUAAUGAAACAACGGCAGCGGAUGUCGGUACGACUGUUACGCGGCCAUGGGAGCCGCCGUCACCGACUUUAGAUCAAUCCCGAUCACGAUUGUUUCAAAUUCAUCAGAGUCAUCAUCAUCAUGCCAGUCAUCAUCAUUCGGGAAUUUCAACAGCGCCGAUUGUCGAAAGUGUGAGCCAUCCCAAUUGCGCUACUGGGGCAUUCCCUGGUAACAGCAGUACAAUCAGUGGAGCAACACGUCAACGACUUCUUGAAUUGUCACACGGAUUGGGUGCUCUGAGACAUUAUAACGAUCUUGCAAACCAUGUGUUGUCGUUAAAUCAACAAGGAGCUGUUGUUACGAAACUUCUUGGAACUCUACGACCUCCUGGCUUAAUCGGUGGUAGUAAACCUAAAGUCGCUACUCCAGCAGUUGUUUCGAAAAUUGAACAGUAUAAACGAGAAAAUCCGACAAUAUUUGCCUGGGAAAUUAGAGAACGAUUGAUUUCUGAAGGAGUUUGUAGCAACGCAACAGCUCCGUCAGUCAGUAGCAUCAACAGAAUCUUAAGAAACCGGGCGGCAGAAAGAGCAGCCGCUGAAUUUGCACGAGCCACUGGAUACGGAUUGUACGCCGCUGGACCCCAUCCGUAUUUCAAUUCAGCUCACCAUCAUCCUUCUACUCCCCAUCACCUUCCGGCUACUUGGCCAGCACCUGGAGCUCCAGGACAUCCAUGGAUGAUACCACCAUUAGCUACUGGUAUAACUGGAGCUGCUUCAUCGCUUCUUCUUCCAACAUCACUCAGUCCCGGAGCGACAUCCGCUUCAGCGGCCGCUGCCAAUUCAGAACAUGCACUUCGUGCUGCCGAUGUUAUUGCACGAGGUUAUAUGCAAGAUGACGAUGACGGAAGCUUAGACGGGUCAGAACAGCCUAAAUUUCGUCGUAACCGAACGACUUUUAGUCCAGAGCAACUUGAAGAAUUGGAAAAAGAAUUUGAACGUUCGCAUUAUCCAUGUGUAUCAACCCGUGAGAGAUUGGCUUCCAAAACAUCUUUAUCCGAAGCACGAGUUCAGGUUUGGUUUUCUAACAGACGGGCAAAGUGGCGACGUCAUCAGCGAAUGAAUUUGCUGAAGCGUUCACCCCCACCUUCAUCACAGCCACCAUCAUCCCAACUGUCUGUAGCACAAACACCAAGAUCAGGAUCUCCAGGUUCUCAUGUGGUGUCAGGAGCUGGACUGGACUCGUCUCACACGACAACUUCAAUUGCCGGCAUGGGUGGUAGGAAUAGUGCUUUUCAUGCCGUUGUCACAACAUCGUCACCGAUGAUGACAGAGCGUGUUGAUGUUAAUAACUCACACGCUGUAAGAAAACCCAGUGCAUUUAGGAUGAUUAGUCAACUUGUCGGUGAAGAUUUACCUUCGCGUAAUUCAAAUAAUUCUAAACUAGAAUCAAGAUCUAUAAAUGAAACCGGUUCGGAAUCGGUUGAAUUAAAAUCUUCGAAUGAAGAUGAAGAUGAGGAAAUUGAUGUACAAGACUCAGAUCAAGAAUUUACGUCAUCGUCGCCAAUUGUUUGGAAAGAUCAGUGGAUUGAUCAGCAACCACUCGAACUUACUAAACAUGGUCGUUAAUAUUAUUUUUUAUUGCUUAUGUAAGUGAUCGUGUAUAUAUUUAUAUAUAAAUAUAAAUGUCUUUGUUUUUUAUAUUAUAUAUAUUUUUAAUUUAUUUUAAAUUCAUUUGUACAAUAAUUAAAAUGCAAUUAAAGGUUAAUGAGUCGCUACUCAAAUAUUUGACUGAAUAAGAUAUGUAGUUCAAUUUAUUUUUAUUAUUAUUAUUAUUAAUUUAUUAACGUUCAAGUUGAUGGGGAAGGUUUACAAAUAUGAUACGAGUUAUUGUAAGGAGAUCUGGGUAAAUUGAAUUAUAUAUUCACAAUAAAUUUUUUUUUUUAAUAUUGUAUUAAUAUACUCUGAUUUAUUAUGAUAAAUAUUAAAAUAAAUGUUAAAUUGCCGUGAUAAAUUUAUGUGAUAAAAAGUCCGGGGCAUAACAAACAAUGAUUUUUAAAAUUGUAGAAUUUAGUUUAUAUUUGUUUGAUAUUUACAAUAAAUUAUGAUUAUCAUAUAUAAAAUGAAAUUAUAAUAAAAAUUAUUUUUAGUUGUUUUUAUAUUUCUUUUUUCCCUAUGAUUUUUUUAAGAUGUAUAAAA